AUGGGGUCUUGGAGGGUCGACAGUAGUGAUACACACGUCGUCGUGGGAGUAGUGGUUCACAACACGGUAGUCGAACUUGCCGCUUGUGGAACACGGGUCUUGGGCGACGGUGGUCGUACUUGGCGAAAUCCACAAAGGGAUCUUGGCGUUCUUGGCGAUUCCGAAGAUGGCGGUAAAGAGCAGGACUUGGCGGAAACCCCGAAGGCGCUGCUCGUUGGACUUGUGACAGAGGUCAACAGAGAGGUCGAGAACUUCCUCUGGCGUGAGGCAGCGGUGGAGACGCGGGAAGGAGGACUCGGGCAGGAAUUGGUUAGGCAGCACGAGAGGCAGGAGAAAAGGCGCGGAGGCGCUGCUGGAGAUGGUGGCGGAGCUAUCUGCUCGUCCUUCGGGUCACCGGUGGCAGGGUCCUACUUGCCGUAUGCGAAGCGAGGUCGAGGAGGAGGCCGAGCGCUAUGUGGGCGCGACGAAGGUGGUGACGCCGUGGUUCGCUGGCAGGAAGAGGCGGUGCAGUGGGGCGAUGGGGAUGGACGGAGGAGAUGGGCUCGCUGGCCAGAACGACGGCACGACGACAGAGGAAGGGGUUGCCGGCAGCGCUGUUGGCGCAACACGGCUAGAGGCGCGGGCGCCAUGGCGGGAGGUGACGUGGCUCCGGUGGUUGAGGCCAAACGGAGGGAGCGGCCGUAG